GAGGAGCGGCCGGAAGUGCGGCCCUCCGGGGGCGGGCAGAGGUGACUUAAGGCGGAGCCCGGGGCGCUGGCCAAUCGGAAGCGACGGUCCCAGCGGACGGGGCGGAAGAGAAGAGGUCUAAUUCCGGACGCGGCGGCGGACGCCGCCGCCAUCUGUCACCUCAGCUCCGGCACCAGCACCAGUACCAGCACCAGCACCCCGUCGCCCCUGCUCCGCCUCCUGUCUCCCCGGCAGAGGCUGCUUCCCGGUCCUGUCAUCUCUCUGCUCUGUCCUCGGUGCUGUCUUCUUCCCCUACAUGGAUCUGGUCGGAGUAUCAUCGCCCGAACCCGGGCCGGCAGCGGCCUGGGGCCCCAACAAGUGUCCAUGGGCUACCCCUCAAAAUACAGUAUCUUGUUCUUUGGCUGAUGUAAUGAGUGAACAGUUGGCUAAAGAGUUGCAAUUAGAAGAAGAAGCUGCCACUUUUCCUAAAGUUGUUGUUGCUGAAGGACCAUUUAUUACUGGAGAAAACACUGAUACUUCCAGCGACCUAAUGCUGGCUCAGAUGUUACAGAUGGAAUUUGACAGAGAAUAUGAUGCACAGCUUAGGCGUGAAGAAAAAAAAUUCAAUGGAGAUAGCAAAGUUUCCAUUUCCUUUGAAAAUUAUCGAAAAGUACAUCCUUAUGAAGACAGUGAUAGCUCUGAAGAUGAAGUUGACUGGCAGGAUACUCGUGAUGAUCCCUAUAGACCAGCAAAACCAGUUCCUACUCCCAAAAAGGGUUUUAUUGGAAAAGGAAGAGACAUCACCACCAAACAUGAUGAAGUAGUAUGUGGGAGAAAGAAUACAGCCAGAAUGGAAAAUUUUGCACCAGGAUUUCAAGUAGGAGAUGGAAUUGGAAUGGAUUUAAAACUAUCAAACCACGUUUUCAAUGCUUUAAAACAACAUGCCUACUCAGAAGAACGUCGAAGCGCCCGCCUUCAUGAGAAAAAAGAACAUUCUACUGCAGAAAAAGCAGUUGAUCCUAAGACACGUUUACUUAUGUAUAAAAUGGUCAACUCUGGAAUGUUGGAGACAAUCACUGGCUGCAUUAGUACAGGAAAGGAAUCUGUUGUCUUUCAUGCGUAUGGAGGGAGCAUGGAAGAUGAGAAGGAAUAUUGUAAAUUUAUACCUACAGAAUGUGCCAUCAAGGUAUUUAAAACAACCCUUAAUGAGUUUAAGAACCGUGACAAAUAUAUUAAAGAUGAUUUCAGGUUUAAAGAUCGCUUCAGUAAACUAAAUCCACGUAAGAUCAUCCGAAUGUGGGCAGAAAAAGAAAUGCACAAUCUCACCAGAAUGCAGAAAGCUGGAAUUCCUUGUCCAGCAGUUGUGCUACUCAAGAAACACAUUUUAGUUAUGUCUUUUAUUGGUCAUGAUCAAGUUCCAGCCCCUAAAUUGAAAGAAGUAAAGCUCAGUAGUGAAGAAAUGAAAGAAGCCUACUAUCAAACUCUUCACUUGAUGCAGCAGUUAUAUAAUGAAUGCACGCUCAUACAUGCUGACCUCAGUGAAUAUAACAUGCUGUGGCAUGCUGGGAAGGUUUGGUUGAUCGAUGUCAGUCAGUCUGUAGAACCAACCCAUCCUCAUGGCCUGGAGUUCUUGUUCCGUGACUGUAGGAAUGUCUCACAGUUUUUCCAGAAAGGAGGAGUAAAGGAAGCCCUUAGUGAACGAGAGCUCUUCAAUGCUGUUUCAGGCUUAAACAUCUCAGCAGAUAAUGAAGCUGAUUUCUUGGCUGAGAUAGAAGCUUUGGAGAAAAUGAAUGAAGAUCAUGUUCAGAAGAAUGGAAGGAAAGCUGCUUCAUUUUUGAAAGAUGAUGAAGGUCCUCCAGUUCCAUGUGAUGAAUAGCACUAAUACCCACAGCUUUCAGUGUUAACACAGCGGUAAUUGCCAGCUGCCAAUGCCAAACGAAGUUAUGGGUGACUUGAAAUACCGAACACGAGGAGUGUACAAUGGUGCUUCUGUGCAUUUUGCCCCUUGUAACCCAUAUGCCAGAUGUGUGGAAUUUUUAGCUUGGCAUUGAGAGAAUAAAAUGUCACUACCUCUCAUCUUAUGAACAGGAUAAUAUAAUUCUUUAACAGCUAAAGGUUAUCUGUUGAAAUCAACCUGAUUUUACAGGAUUCGUGGUAUAAAAUGUUUUGAUGAUAAUUUUUAAAAACUUAGGUAACAUUUCCAGAUAUGGGAGGAAAGGACAGAAGUGUUUACAAGGGAGGCUUUUAUUACAACAUACUUGGUCUGAUCACCUCCCUGUUUUGUGUUUCAUCUUUCCUGAAAUAUUUUAUUGGCCUGAAAUUAGCCCUUCUCAGUUCUUUUUCCAGAUUGUGACCAUGAUUCUAAAGGAAAAUAAUCUUCCUUUAGUAGGUGUUAUAAAUGGAAAUCUGGUUUCAGAAUGGCUGAUGGAAACAGUCAUAAGCAAAAUACUUUUAUUGGUACAUUGUGAAUAUAAACUGAAUUCUUUCCCAUGUUUAUAUCCAAGAAAAGGCAUUGUAGGUUUUUGAAAUUUGUGUGUGUGUGUGUGUGUGUGUGUGUGUAUAUAUAUAUAUAUAUAUAUAUAUAUGUAUAUCUUUGUAAGAACCAUCCAAAUUUUUAAAAAUUAACUUUCAUCAUUUCUAUAUUUAGGUGAAAUGGAUAGAAUGUAACUCAUGGUGCAGCUGCUCUGCAUUUAUAAUAAAAAUGUAAAAUAUCUGGAAGGGCAGAAAUAAGAUUUAAUCCUGUUUGACACAUUUUAAUGAAGUCAAUGAUACAAGUUCAGUUUACAUUUCAUUCAAACAUAUACUUAUUCAUUCAUUUUGAGAGAAAUACAGCAAGUCAAAUGAUAAACACUAGGUGUGAAACACAUUGGGUACCAAAUUAACCAACUAAUUUGAACUAUCUGACCUCACUUUUAAUAAUUUUUAGUAUUAGCUAGAUGCCACUUUUUAAAUAAAGUAAGCACUGCAUUGGCUUUAUUAGGAUUGAGGUUCAUUAACUACAAUGUAAUCAUUCCUCCUAUUACUGAUUUCAGAUUGGAACCACUAGAGGCCCAAUCUGAUAAUAGAAAGUAAAAAUCUAAACAUCAUUUACAUUUGAAAGUCCCUCCUUUAAUAUUUACAAAUGCCAAAUAUGUUCUUUCUAGAAAAGUAUUUAUUUUUGUUUCUGUUUUAUGGCUUUUAGAGAAGUAUGAUUUCGGGUGGAUACUUAUUACAUUUCUGAAAUGUUUACUACUAUGAAACAAAGAUUUAAAUGAUUGGUGAUUAUUGGCUUUACAGAAAUUUCAGAGAGCUAAUUUUUAAAAACCACUAACCACUUAAAAAGUUUUUUGUUUUGUUUUCUGACAUGCUCUGUUUGACUAAGAGCAACGAAUGUUGCUGUAUAGCAUUCUUGGAGUGUGCUGUGAAACAUGCUUUUUAAGAUAUUAAAAACAAAGAGAUCAUUUUA